CCCCCGUGUGAUUAUUAAUCAAAUAAAAUGCAAAAUCUUUUGGGCAAAUAUUUGUAACAAUAUUUCGGGUAUAAAUAGGCCAAAAGAAACUAGGCUAAUCAUCACAUCAGUAAGAAUUUUGACUAAACAAUACUAGCAUCAUGAUGAAAUUCUUAGUAGUUUUCGCUAUUUUGGCUGUUGGCACUCAAGCCAAAACAUUGCAACUCGUUAACGGUAGAUCUUCUGGGAUCCAAGUCAAUGUGGGCAAUGAUCUUGUUUCAUUGGUAGCUAAUGGUGGGACUGUCCUAGAACUAGAAGACAAUUGGUCAGGUACAAUUACAGCCGUACCAGAAAAUGCUGAAGACACUACUGGACCAAAAACCAAAUUGCAACUUAGCCUUGGAGCCAGUGACUCGUACAGCAUUUCUUUGGAAGAUGGUUUUAAUGUAGGCUUGAAAAUUAUCCCAGUUGGUUCAACUAAUUGUUUGGCCUCAGUUUGUGUAGCCAGCAGCAUCUUGAGAGUUUGUCCUCUACUUGGCCAAGUAACAAACAGUAAUGGUACUGUCGUGGGUUGUCAAAGUUCCCCUCUUUUGAUGGCUAAGAUUUGUCCUUUGGCUGUUGUUGAUGCUAUUACUGCUCUUAUCAAUGUCAGGACUUGUACCGAUGCUACUGGUUAUUUAGUUAUCAUUUCUUAAAUAAUUUAGCAAACCUACUUAUUUGAUUGUUGAAUUUAAAUUUGAUUGUUUAAUAAAAUUGAUUGAUUGAAUAACUGUGUUUUUAUUAAUGAGUUAAAUGCGGUAUGAAAACCACGAAUAGUUC